GUGGCUAAUCGGUUUACAUUUGUCACACUGGCACUCUGGCCAAAGAUUCUCCGAAUCACUCCCAUUUGCUGCCCAAAGACCCUCACAGAAAGAUGCAAGUUGCUCUGAAAUUUGUUUAUAUUUUUACCACUACUUUUCUACUGGCCAAACUAUCGCGAUCAAAUGAAUUUGCCAGCAAAUUGUACUACCAGGCCUCAAGGAAAAAUCUCCACAGGAACAUUGUGCUAUCCCCAGCUUCGACCAACAUGGCACUGGGCUCCGUUUUCUUCGGCAUGCAGCACUGCAAGGAGCUGGAGGACGUGAUGGAGCAGGUGGCCCAUGGAGACAUAUUUUUGGACGAUGUGACCAUGGUCAAUCGGGUGUUUGUCGAUAGGGAUGUGCCCCUACUUAAGGGCUACCAGAAGCAGGUAGCCGAGGUCAUGAAGUGGGAGGCGGAUAGGGUGCACUUCGGAAAUCCCCAAGGAGCCAGCGAUGCGAUCAAUGACUUCAUUCGCCUGACGACGAGCCACAAAAUGGACAAUCUCUUCCAUCCCUCGAGAAUCGGGAAGAACACCAAGAUGGUUGUGGCCAAUACGGCGCAUUUCCAUGGCAAGUGGGCCAGUGUCUUUUCAAUCAAUGAUACCAAAAAGCGACCAUUUUACCAGGGAAAUGGUUUCGACAUCCCAGUGGACACAAUGGAAACCUUUGGCACAUUCCGCUGGGGGGAAAAUUUCGAUCUGGAUGCGGAAAUGGUCGAAGUGCCAUACCAAAACAACGAGCUCUCCAUGCUAAUCGUUAUGCCCCGCGAUCCCGAGAAGGGUCUCUCCGAGCUGAGCAACCUCAUCAGCAAAGUGGAUCUCAUGUGGGUGAGCAGGAGUCUGGAGGAAAAGUUCGUACACCUGCAACUACCCAAGUUCCGAGUUCACUCAAGGAUCGCUUUGGAAUCAAUUCUCAAACCACUGGGUGUGAAAACCCUGUUCAUGAAUCCGGAUUUGAGGGGAAUGACUGGGAAGGAGCACAAAAGUCACAAAAUCAGCACUAUGAUGCACAGUAGCUUCUUCGAAAUCAGCGAAUUCAGCCAUCAGACAGGAAAAAAUGACUUUGGCGGCAGAUGGAUGGGUUCCCCCGUUGAAUUCUGGGCCAAUCGUCCAUUCAUUUUUGCGGUCAAGAAUCCAAAUCACAUUUAUUUCAUUGGCCAUGUGGCUGUGCCAAAGGUAGUUUGA